AUUGACAGGAUGAGGCGUUUCUCGUCUCUGGAGGUUCUCCUGGUCGUGGUCUCGGGGCUUCUCCUGCUCUGCUGUGCUGGACUGAUCGUGUUCUCGUGGGUCAGCGUUCAGUCUGAAGGUGGCGCUGAGCCGGAGCGUCUGAUUGGACGGAUGGUGAUCACAGAGGGAGCAACGUUCUCCAACGAGCUGAAGAACUCCAGCAGCCCGUUGUUCAAAUCCCUCGCCUACGAUGUCCAACAGCUGGUGUGGGAGGCGUUCAGGCGCAGCGAGCUCAGUCGGGAGUUCCAGACGUGUCAGGUUUCAGACUUCAGUCAGGGCAGCGUGGUGGUGACCUUUGACCUCCAUUUCAAUCAGCUGAUCCAAAGGAAGGAGGCGGAGCUGCAGCUGAGGGCGGGGCUUCAGGACAGCGGGGGGCUGAUGAUUGACAGGAACAGCAUCCAGGUCACAGAGGAGGUGGAGCAGACGACGACGGUUGCGUCGAGCGUCUCCCCGACAGCAGCGGCGUGUCGUCCUCAUCACACUUCCUGUGCCGAUCAAUCGAUGUGUGUUCCGAUCGAUCGGCUCUGUGACGGAGUCCUCGACUGUCCCGACGGCUCCGACGAAGACGCCGCUCGCUGUGCAACAACAUGUGACGGACAGUUCCUGCUGCGAGGGCCGAGCGGAUCGUUCAGUUCAUCCCACGACGCUGAAAUUUACAACAGCAGCAGCUCCUGCCGCUGGAUCAUCAGUGUGCAGAGAGGAUUUUCUGUUCGGAUCGAUUUCCUGCAGUUUGAAACUGAAGAAAGCUCUGACAUGCUGAAAAUGUAUGAAGGAGUGGGAGCAGAGAAACAGCUGAUAGCUGAGCUCUCAGGCUCCGCCCCUCCUGGGACCGUGUGGGUGCUGACCGACCAAUCAACUGUGGAGUUUCUUUCUGAUGACUUCAACAACCUGGCGGGGUUUAACGCCACCUACAGCGCUGUCGACCUCACACACCUGACCAAUGAGCAGAAGCUGACCUGUGCCUUUGAGCAGGACAUGUGUUACUGGAGUCAGCAGCAGAGCGAUGAUGCAGACUGGAUUCGAACCAGCGGCUCCACGUUUCCUCCACUGACCGGCCCCAGUGCCGACCACACGCUGGGGAACCAAUCAGGUUUCUACAUCGUCACUCCUCUGAGUCCUGGCAACUGGCUGAAGAGCUUCAAGAUCUGCAGCCUCCCUCUGACUCAUAGCACACAGCCCAUGUGUCUGUCCUUCUGGUAUCACAUGUUUGGAGACGACGUCCACCGUCUGAUGGUCCAGCUGCUCCAAACGUCUCCGUCCGACCCUGAAACCAGCGUUACUGUGGUGUUUCAGAGAGACGGUAACUAUGGCGACAACUGGAACUAUGGUCAGGUGACCCUGAACCUGACGGUCGAGGCCACGGUGGUGUUUGAAGCUCUGAAGAAAGGAGGGAUGAGGAAUGACAUCGCUCUGGAUGACAUCACACUGACCGCUGCUGCCUGUGGCCCCGCCCCCCCCGAACCAACUAAUGUACCGCCUCCGACGACCACGCCCCCUAUACCAGCUGACUGUGGAGGACCCUUUGAACUCUGGGAGCCAAAUUCUACCUUCAGCUCGCCAAACUACCCACAAUCCUACGGGAACAAGGCGAAGUGUGUGUGGACGCUCCACGCCGUGCGGGGGCGGAACAUCCAGCUCCACUUCCUGGACUUUGACGUUGAAUCGACCAAUGACAUGGUGGAGGUGCGGGACGGGGCGGGGCCUAACUCCACCUUACUGGCGGUUCUCACCGGCAGCACUGGCCCCGCCCACGACUUCUUCUCAACAACCAAUGAGAUGACAGUGUGGUUCUUCACGGACAGAUCGGGUUCAGGUCGAGGAUUCAGAGCCAACUUCACCAGCGGGGUCAAGCUGGGGUCACCAGCUCCGUGUGCAGCCGGGCAGUUCCAGUGUCAGACAGGAAGCUGUAUCCAUGGUAACGGUCACUGUGACGGCGUGGUCAACUGUCCCGACGCCUCCGACGAAGCUGACUGCGUUGCGUUGCAGGUAAACGGUUCCAGUCGUCUCCAGUUUCAGCUCGUCUCCUCUCUGCUCACCGUCUGCGCCGACACCUGGAACCCUCACCUGUCUGUCUUCACCUGUCAGUACCUGGGUUACAGGUCGGGGGAGGCCACGAUGCUGCCGAUUCGGCCAGGUGAUUCACCGUUUACGACUUUCAGAGUUAACGAUAACGGGACGCUGGUGAUGAACGUCAGUGAAACAUGCGACAGUGAGAGAGUUGUUUCUCUGAGCUGUGACAACCAGCCUUGUGGAGUUCGUCAGAUCACUAACGACACGAGAGAGACGGACCAAUCAGCGAAGGGGGAAGUGGUGGGCGGGGCUAAUGCAGUGAAGGGGGCGUGGCCCUGGAUGGUGUCCCUCCAAUGGCAGGGCCGUCAUGCAUGUGGAGCCUCGUUAAUUGGCUCUGAUUGGCUGCUGACCGCAGCACAUUGUGUCUAUGGGAAGAACGUCCACCUACAGUUCUGGGAGGCGGUGUUGGGACUCCACGCUCACAGCAACAGAAGCUCAUCUCACACUCAGACCCGACGAGUCGAUCGUAUCGUCAUCAACAGAGAAUACAACAGACAGACUAAACAAGCCGAUAUCGCCAUGAUGCACCUGCAGCAGCCAAUCAACUUCACCGAAUGGGUCCAGCCAGUGUGUUUACCUGCAGACGAUCAGCUGAUCACAACAGGAAGGAAAUGUUUCAUCGCAGGAUGGGGACGAGACGCAGAGCAAGGGUCUCUCCCAGACGUCAUGCAGCAGGCUCAGCUUCCUGUAGUGGAUCAGGAUGUGUGUCAGCAGCAGCUACCAGAGUACAUCAUCACCUCCAGCAUGCUGUGUGCCGGUUACACAGAGGGAGGAGUCGACUCCUGUCAGGGCGACUCUGGAGGUCCACUCAUGUGUCUGGAUGAUGGAUACUGGACUGUGAUUGGUGUGACAUCAUUUGGGGUUGGCUGCGGCCGACCGGGACGACCAGGAGUCUACGCACGAGUGUCUUCCUUCACUUCCUGGAUCGCUCAGACCAGACGCUCCUCCUCCUCCUCCUCCUCC